AUGAAGAAUUUUGAAUGUUACAAAUAAAAUAUAUUGUAAAUUGAUAAUAAUAUUGUUACCCUUAGCUAAAGUAAGUAUUCUACACCCUAAUCUAAAAUAGAAAUAUUGGAAUAAUUUUAAUUUACUUAAACUGAAACUCUAAAUUUUCUUAAUAUUUUAGAAUCUGAAGAAGAAAUUGAAUUUUCAAAACAAAAACAAAUUAAAACAUAACUAUUUCAUAGAAGAGCUUCUAUUUAAAGCUCUUAAUAAAGUUCAAUAUAAUCAAAUGAUUAUUAAGUUGAUCAAAUAAAUAUCAAACAAGCAGAUCAGUAAAUUUAAUAAAACAAAUAGCUAGUUACUUAACAAUUAAAGAGAUCUAUUAAGAGAAGUUAAACUGCUUUUAAAAAAGAUUUUGGUCAAUUUUAAAAAUAACAUGGAGCCAAAUUAUUUGUUAAGCGACCUAAUUAAGCGAUUGUAAAUAAUUUUGAACAAAUAAGAAAAUAAAAAUCAAUUAUUACAUAUAAUAUAAAUCAAAUUGGAAAAUAACAUCUUCGAACAAUUUAAGUUAAAUAUUUUAGAACCAAUCUAUCAAAAGUCUUAUUUAUUGAAAAAGACAUGACAGCUAUUGAAUUUAUUGUACUUGCAUUAAAAGAAUAUAGUCUUGAAAGAAGAUUUGAUUAAAAUUUAUAUGAAUACAAAAACUAUACUCUUGCAUAUUAAUUAGAAACUCUUGAAGAUUAAAUGGAAAUGGAUGAAGAUCGUUUCAGAAAACCUAUUUAAAGAACUAAAAGUUUCAAUGAAAAAGAUGAAGAUAAUAUUGCUGCUAGAAGAGUCAGCUGCGAUGAAGUAUUAUUAUAAGAAUAAUUAUUUAAAAGAGAGCCAUCACAUCCUAGGUUGAGUAUUCUUUUCAAGAUAUUGAAGAUAAAACAAUUACAAUUGAUUAUCCAGCUACAUUAAGUUGUAAAUAAGUAGAUAUUGUUGUCAAUUCUACUUGUGAACUUUCAUUUGGUAUAGACCUAUUAACUAUAAAAAAAACUUAUGAAUUAUUCCCUUAAUAUAUCAUCUUGUUGAUUGAAGAUGCUCAAACUCAAUCUAAUUAAUAAAUUAAAUGUUUAAAUACAUCAACUAUAUAGAAUGUUUUUGAAUAAUUAAACAGUGGUCCAAUAAAUAAAAGAUCUUUAAAAGAUUAUUUUUUAAGAUUAAAAUACUCUUGCAUUCAUACUAAUAUUCUUCUAUUAUGCUUAAAUACUCCAAUUAAUGAAUUGCCAAUACAUUGGUUAGUUUUGGAAAAAAAAUAUAAUAUUGAAACUUAACCUUCUGAACUAAUCGACAUAAGUAAUAAAUUUUCUAAUUUCAAAUAACAAAAUUAUGUAGAUGAUGGGUUAUUAUCUUUUAAUCCAUUAGAUUCUACAUUUAAAAUUGACUCAAAAAAUUAUUUAUCUUAAAUAUAUUCUUAUCAAGAUUUUUCACUCAUGUAAUUAAAAAAAAAAUAACAAUUUUAAGUAAUAUUAGGUAUUGAUUAUUUUGACAUAUAAAUCAUCAAAGUAAAUCAAUAGAAUAAUUAAUUUUCUCCUAUUUCUAUAUUCUAAUAUAUAAAAAAUUAUAUGAUAGAAAUGUUCAAUAAUUAAAAGAAAUUAAAUAAAACAAUUAAAUUAAAAUCAAUCAAAAAGUAUUAUUUAGAUGUGAAAUAAAAUACAUUUUAUUUCAUAUAUAAGAAUUCAGUUCGAAAUUUUAAAUAAUUAUGUUUUUUUCCUUUACAAAGUAAUGAUAAAAGAACAUAAGCUAAAUUUAAUGAAUAAUUUUUUGAUAUUUACUAAAAAUUUGGUAAAUUAUUGGAAAUAAGAAAAAAAUCAUUUAGAGAUAAAUGA